AUGAGAACCCUGGAGCUGAUAGUACUGUCUUGGUGGAUUCAGUUGUUGCGUUCUCAUCCGGCUACUUGGCUACGUAUUUCUUGGUGGGGGAACAUUUCGGUUGGCGUCUGUGCAUUGCUGCACUUUGGGCUGCUAAAGAACGUUCUAUAUUCAACCGUACUUGCGCUGCACUCGGGAAUGCUCGUCAAUCACGAUCUUUUUGAAAAGGUAUGGGAGAUCCAGAGGGCAGAGAAUGUGAGACGGACGGCAGAGUUAGUGGACGGGCUUCGAGUGCAAUCCACGUUAUUCGCCAUCAAUGAGGGAGGGGAAAUGUUUUGGAAGCAAAUGCAAAUCAAAGCCCUCUCCGUGUCUCGAGCCGUAAAGGAACAGAUGGUGGUCAUGUGGGCCUCCCUGGAUGAAGAGCAUCUAGGACAAAUUGACCGUCCAAAGCUAUUCAAGUUCCUGAAGUCCCAGGGCCUUUCAAUUCGCACUGAAGCAGACGUCAAUGAUUUUCUCCAAAUCUUCGAUCGCACCAAUAAAGGUGGAGUAGAUGCGGAAGAGUUUUACGUUUUGCUUAUCGUGAUAAAGCAGCUCCUCAUGGAACCCCUGGAUAAGGACGCCCUCAGAGCUCUCUUUGAGGACAAGUAUGGCAUUCCAUGGACUGCGCCAACUGGGGUGGAUGUUAAUAGUCUCGCACGGAUCCUUUCAGAGCUUGGAUUACAGUGGUCAGAGGGGCAGCGCCGCUACCUUCUUGACUUUGUGGGCGGGAAGAGAGGCACCACUGGCGUUUCGGCAGAUCUCUUGGUCUCGCAGCUCCAGGCCAUGGAAGAACAGACCCUCCAGCCCCUACAACAGGCUGCCGAGCUCGCGCUCCUCGUUGCUUUGCUGUGUCCAGACAAUUGGGGAAACUCAAAAGGGAUCUCAAGUAAGAGGAGGAGACAGGGUCUAAUGCAUGAAGCCUCCUUUCAUGAAGUUACAGCCAAGCAUCCCGUAGUGACACCGAGGGAGGGGAAUUUAUGGAGUGCAGCAGCAGUCCCGCGUACAUCGUCGCACGGAGCCAGCUCCAUGCGAUCAGUAGUCUGGAACUCGCCCCAAACACUGAGAUUGAAGAUGACGAAAAGGUUGGGGGAAGCUAGGAGAGGCGGGGCAUGUACCAGCAACAAAUGUAGGGUCGCCCGCAUUGUAUUUGCUCUCUGCACCCCCCCUAUUUCAAGAGAAUGGCUUUGA